UCAAGUGAGGUCGAGUAUGUGAUAAUAUUGACUUGGAAAGUGCUAAAAUUUCGUCAGACAAUCUGUGGGUGUUCCCCUAAUAGUCAUUCUCUACUUGGCAAAAAAUAAUUUGCGUUUGUUUUAAUAACUAGAUAAAUAAAAAACUUCAUUGAUAAAUCAAAUUUCCAAUCAGUCUCUAAAAUAACUAAAAAUACCUUUAUUAAUCUAUGUUUUGUUCUCUGAAUCAUUUAACACAAGUGAUAAGGUAAUCGCUACCUUAAUGUUUGCGACAAGAUAAGAAACGUUUAUUUUUUGGUAUAAAAGUCAGAAUUUGUCUACCAAAUUAGUAGUGUUCUCUGUGAGUUCAACUAGAGAAGUACCAAGCGUUCGCAAUGCUGCUCACAAUCGCCCUGCUGGGCGUGGUCCUGGCCUUGGCCUACCAUUUUUACCACAACACCUACACCUAUUGGGCUCGGAAGGGUGUGCCCUACGAACCCCCACUUCCGGUGAUCGGAAACAUGAAGGGAAUCGGAUCCAAGUACCAUUUCCGGGACAUCAACCAGAGAAUCUACGACCAGUUCAAGGGAAAGGCUCCCCUCGCCGGAAUGUUUAUAUUCGUUAGACGAGUUGCCAUGAUCAUCGACCUGGAUCUCAUCAAGCAGGUGCUGAUCAAGGACUUCAACUACUUCCAGGAUCGGGGAGCUUUCAAUAACCCGCGAGAUGAUCCUUUGACGGGACAUCUCUUUGCCCUGGAGGGUGAGGCUUGGAAAUCGAUGCGGCAUAAGUUGUCGCCAGUGUUUACCUCUGGUAAGAUCAAGCACAUGUCCAAUGUGAUUGUGGAGGUGAGCCACCACUUGGUCGAUACCAUGGAUACCACGGUGAAGGCUGCUGCAGUGGACGGUGGCGAAGUAGAGAUCAAAGAACUCUGUGCUCGCUUCACAACGGAUGUGAUUGGAUCCUGUGCCUUUGGCCUGGAGUGCAACAGUCUCAAGGAUCCCAGUGCCGAGUUCCGGGCGAUGGGACGCGCCCUCUUUGAGAGACGUCGUCAUCCACAAUUAAUUCAAGCUUUUCUCUUCACGAAUGCCAAGUUGGCCAGAACACUGCGCAUGAAGGUGUUGCCCGACGAUCUCACAGAGUUCUUUUUGUCGACUGUGAGGAACACCGUCGAUUACAGGAAGAAGAAUAACAUAAAGCGAAACGAUUUCAUCGAUCAGUUGAUCCAACUGAAGGCUGAAAAUGAAGAGGCAGCACAAAAGGGCAAGGGAAUCGACCUUUCACACGGAUUGACCUUGGAGCAAAUGGCUGCCCAGGCCUUUGUGUUCUUCGUGGCUGGAUUCGAGACCUCCUCAAGCACGAUGUCUUUCUGCCUGUACGAGCUAGCUCUGCAGCAGGACAUUCAGGAUCGAGUAAGGGAAGAGAUUAAAAGUGUCCUCAGCAAGACGGAGGGAGGAGAGAUCUCUUAUGAUGCAGUAGCCGAAAUGACCUACCUGGAACAGGUGCUGGCUGAAACCCUUCGAAAGCAUCCCAUUCUUCCCCACCUCAUAAGGGAGACCAGUCGGGACUAUAAGGUGCCCAACAUGGACGUGGUCAUUGAGACGGGCACUCAACUCCUGAUACCCGUGCACAACAUUCACCACGACCCUGAGAUAUAUCCCCAGCCGGAGAAGUUCGAUCCCAGUCGCUUUGAGCCAGAGGAAGCCAAGUCCCGCCACCCGAUGGCCUAUCUGCCCUUUGGGGAUGGUCCCCGAAACUGCAUUGGUUUGAGAUUUGGCAAGAUCCAAUCUAAGAUCGGUCUGGUCGCCCUGCUUCAUAACUUCAAGUUCAGCGUCUCCAAGCGCACGGAAGUACCCUUGAUUUUGGGUACCAAAUCGUUUACCCUUGGCACCGAGCAUGGCAUUCACCUUAAAGUGGAGAGAGUUUAAGGUUUUGUUUAUUUUUUAUUAAGGGAAUUUAAAAUGAAAUGUUUUAAAGGUGUAUAAAUAAAUUAAAAACUUGUUGUGGGACUUAAUCAAUGUGAA